ACCCGAGUGGCCUUGCUGCUAUCGGAAGGUGUUGAAGGUGUUGUUCUGUUUUGACUCUGUUGUGUUGGUGUAAACUUCGUCUUCUUCGUCAGAGUUAAGUGUGUUACCAGCGGUAUAUACAAAACACAUACAGUGGCACAUUGGCUUCAUCUACCUGAACAUGUCGACCAAGGGUUCUCGCAGUUCGUCAGUAUCUACAGUUUCUGGAAUUGUACAAGAGAUGUCCAUCCAGGAGACAGUAGAAGGAGGAAUCUCCAAGAUAGGUCUAGGGUUCGGAACAACGGCUUUCUUCCUGGUGGCCCAAAUGGCAGGAGCUGGUUUUCUCUCUCUCCCCAAGGCCGUUGCAAACUGCGGCGUCUAGCCUUGGCCUGCGUCUUAAUCACUCUGCUAGGAGGAACCAUCGUCUACCUCAUCCUCAUUGCCUCCUUCAUGAACCAGAUGGUGUCGGACCUGUCCGUCUGCGAGUGGGUGCUUGUGACAGCUGGUGUCGUCUUACCCUUUACCUGGCUGGGCACUCCUAAGGAUUUCUGGCAAGCGUCGGUGAUAGCUGUUGUGGCGACAGCAAUUGCUUGCAUCGUUAUAUUCGUUGAGAUUUUAGUCGAGGCUGACCCUAAAUUCGACCCAGUCUAUCAAAACCCUACCGUCUCCAGCUUUGCUCUGGGCUUCGGGGCCAUCCUUUUCUCAUUCGGCGGAGCCUCGGUCUUCCCAACCAUCCAGAACGACAUGAGAGACCGCUCACUCUUCGGCAAGGCCGUCGUCGUCUCCUUCGCUGUGUUGCUAUCGCUGUACCUGCCGGUGGCGAUAGCGGGGUACGCGGUAAAAGGAGUUGAUGUGGGGGACAACAUUCUACUCACCGUCGAUAUCAGUAAAGGCAUCAUCAAGGCAGCGUUGGUGAUGGAAGUGCUCAACCUCCUGGGCACCUACAUCAUCACCUUCAACCCCAUUAGUCAAAUGUUCGAGGAGUUGCUUGGGGUCGAGAACAAAUUCGGUUUGGUGAGGUGUUUACUGCGGUCCAGCAUCUUAGCCUUCGAAGUGGUGGUUGGGCUGGCAGUGCCUGAUUUUGGUAAGAUCCUGAAUCUGAUUGGUGGAUCUACGGUGACAAUGUGCUCAUUUGUACUCCCGCCUCUGAUGUACAUGAAACUCGUCCAUGCGAAGCACGAGUCCAACUGGACAAAGAGGGAGCUGCAGCUGUGGGAGACCACGUUACUGUGUAUAAUCAUCGCUGUGGGGGUAGUGGGAGGCAUUACCUCCACAGUCACUGCUGUCAUUGACAUAGUCAACCCAGAUUCCUUCAGCACUUCUUGCUUUGCUAACUUUAGCCCCAAAUGAAUUGCCUCACCAAUGUGUACACUUUUUACCCAAAAUAAACUGUUCAAUUUUAUUAUUAAACAUAAUACCGCUGAUUUGUUUACGACAAUUAGUAGUUAUAGAUUUAGUUUAAUUCAGAAUAAGUGAGUUAAAUAAGUGAAAAUAAAUAAAAACUGGUGAGAAUUUGAAUGUAGUAAGAAAGGGGCGAGAGGUUUCACUGUUUCCAGCCAGUGCACAUCAAUGUUAUAAGGUGCUGUAGGGUCAGGUAAGAAUAUAAAUUGCUUGUGAAUGGAUAUCAUUAUAUUAUCAGUGUAUCACAUUUAACUUACCUACACUUGGUGGUUGUUACGGCCACAUGGGACGAGUAACCGUGUUCUCGUUGGAGGACCCUUCUUGUUGUAUCCGACCCCGAGUCUGUAGUGGCUUUCAGGGUAUUGGCUAGGUAAUACAAGAAUUAAAAAGGGGGGACUGAACAAAACAGUUUCCUUCACCAAUAUAUUCACCAACACCAUAAAUAGAGAUAUAAAAAGGGGGAUAUGGGAUAUUACAAUACGUAUAUACAAAGGUGUCGCUUUCACACAGGACACUUAAAACGCACACAAUGCAAUGUUCGACAAUCCCAGUGUUUCCACCACACUCAGUUCCUUUUCCAACCGUACUGGGAAACACUGGCGAGUUUCACCUUGUACUUGGGCCAAUCCACAGACAGCGUUACGAGGUGUCUUUACCCUACUAUCGCCCUCCAACUGCACGCUGGCAGAGGACUUCAACCACACGCUGAACGGGGUCACGCCACCUAUAUAGGGGUAGCUAUUCCCUGGCAGGAGUCCCUAGCGACAAGCUAGCAACACUCCUCUACAGGCACCUCACUGUCGUCAAGUCCUCUCCCAAGCCAAUUCCCGGGUAUGCCAAUCUCUAUCCACACUGCGUAAAUCCAGCAGCCAACACACUGCUAAGAUCGGUGGCGGCUAACGUGAUCUUCUUCCAGGACCAAGCAGAGAGUACGUGGAUUUUCCAAGGCAAACUGCUGUCCACAGUACACCUGCUGCCCCAUGUCACCUCUGUGAACACAGACACGUCAUCAGUUAAAUGGAUGGUACUGGUGAAACCAGGAAGUGACACUUACUCAUUGGGAAAUUGACAUUGUACUCUGUAGCACAACAGAUGGCGCUGGUCUUGAGCCGCCACCUCACCAGAGGUUAUCCACAAUGAUCUCACUUGCUAGCAAAGGCAGGAAUCUUGAGCCAUAUGUCACUAUCACAUCACCACCAAUAGAUGGCGUUGUCUACGUAGAAUCCAAUUCCCAGGGAGUUCAAGUGCAGACUCGUAGAUGGCGCUAGAAUUACCAGGCAACACUCAGAUGGUGGUGACGAGUCCGUAACAGGGGUUCCAAGUGAUUUUGUGUCCAGGUGGGAACUUUUGCCAAGUCAUUUGGGACUCUAACUUUUUUCAGUGAAUACUAAAUUUGCCAGUCUUUGGGAACUUAGUUUUGAGUGAGUCCCAUUGACUUCAAGUUUGUUAGGAUCUACUGACUUUACGUUGCCCUGUACUAGACACUUUAACGUUGUGGAGUCUAGACUGAAAUUAAUAGUUCUCAGGAAUUUUAAAGUUUUGAUAUUUGGCACAUUGAUUGUAUCUUAACCACAUUACCUUAGACGCACUUUACCUGCCGAAUAGUGAACCAGUGUUGCCUAGUUCUCAUGUACUAGGCAACACUAAUACAUGAGAACUAGUAUAUAGUGACUAGUGUUGCAUAAACAUGCAACACUAGUCACUAGUUUAUGUAGACUAAACUAGUGACUAGUUUAACUUAACAGCAUCUAGUUUAAACUUAGUGCACCAAUGUUGUUGAGUUUCAUGUAUCUUAAGCUUGACCUGUUUAACUCAGUAGCAUCUACCUGAAGUUUGAAGUGUCCAUGCUAAUUAAAGUUCAUGUAUUUGUAAAUAAUAUUUGUAAAUAGCUUUAGUUACGUGUGACACGUUCAGCCAAGUAAACUGGUGGUUCUUUAA